AUGGACUUGGAAAAUUCCAUUUAUGGCUACCUUCAUGAAGGAGGGGAGAUUGUACCUAAGGAGGAUAAACAAAUACAAUACAAGGGUGGACAACAAAAAGGCAUGUACAUUGGACAAAGGAUGUCAUAUGCUGAAUUUGUUUCAAAGGCAUGUGAACGGUUGGAUAUUAAUUCAAAUGGAUAUACAUUUCAUUACACCCUUGAGUUUGAUCCAUCUGCACUUCAACAGUUGGAUGAUGAUGAGGACAUGCAUAUGAUGUUAUCCCAUAGUUAUGAUUAUGCUCGUAUUUAUGUAUUAAAACGGACUCGAAGAGUAGAAGUUGAAGGAGGUAUAGUCAAUGUGCAAAAUGAUUAUUGUCACAAUAGUACGGAGGAAAUACACAAUUCAGUUGCAUCAUGUCAAGUAAACAAUGAGUCUAAUUUAGGACUUUCUCAAGGCUUCAUGUCCAGAUGUGCAGAAACUGAAGUUAUACCACAUGAUUUAAGUCUUUGUCCUCAACCUAUUAUUGGGAGUGGGCAUAGUUUUCCUAAUGCAGAUGAAUUUAGAAAUGCAUUAUAUACGAUGUCAUUAGUUGGUAGAUUUCAAUACAAAUUCAAAAAGAACUCUCCAAAGCGAAUAUAUGUGUGUUGUUUAGUGGAUGGGUGCCCUUGGAGAAUAACUGCUAAUUCAGUAGGCACAACCAAAAUUUUGAAGGUUAACAUCUUCAUUGAUGUACACAAUCAUUGUGCAAAUGUUGAGUGUUCAAGCCAACCUUCAAUGCGGGGAAGGAGAGGUGCUCGUGUCAUAGAGCAAGUAAUAAGGGCAACCCCUCAGUAUUUGCCCCGUCAAAUUUGCAAAGACUUCAGGAGUCGGUAUGGUGUUUCAUUGAGUUAUAAGCAAGCUUGGACAUACAAAGAAAUGGCAAAAGAGAGAAUAUAUGGUCUUCCAGAAAACUCAUAUAUGUUGUUGCCAUGGUUAUGUCAGAGAUUGGUAGACAUUAAUCCAGGGACGAUUGCUGAAUAUAGCACACAAGAUGGGCAUUUUUGGCAAUUGUUCAUUGCACAUUCUUUUUCAAUUCAAGGGUUUUUAAUGGGUUGUCGACCUGUUAUUGCAAUUGACUCAACUCAUUUGAGUGGACCGUAUAGGGGCUCUUUAUUUUCUACAACAGCUUAUGAUGCUGAUGAUGGCAUGUUCCCAAUUGCAUUUGGUGUUGUAAGUUCAGAAAACUAUGAGGAUUGGCUAUGGUUUUUGCAGAAAUUGAAGGGCAUACUUCAAGAUAAAGAGGUAGUCAUAAUAUCAGAUAGGCAUCAAGCAAUCCUUCGUAGUGUUUCUCAACUUUUUGGAGUAGAAAAUCAUGCAUAUUGUUAUCGUCAUGUGAAAGAAAAUUUUAGUAGCUAUGUGACGAAACAUAGUAUGAAGGGAAAAAAAUGUAAAAUGGAUGCAUUUUUGCUACUUGAUAAUGUUGCGUAUGCUAGGUUGGAUGAUGAUUAUGUUGUAGCCAUGGAAAAAUUAAAGACAUAUAACAGUGACCUAGCGAAGUGGGUUGAAGAGAACAGUCCACAACAUUGGGCAAUGUCAAAGUUUGCCAAAAAACGAUGGGAUAAGAUGACAACUAAUCUUGCUGAAUCAUUCAAUGCUUGGCUGAAGGAGGAACGUCAUUACACAAUUUUCAACUUAGUAAUGACACAUAUGGAUAAGUUUGCUCAUCUAGCAUGUGAUCAUAUGGGUUCUAUAGAAAAUUGGAAAGCUGCAAUUGGCCCAAAGACCGAGGAAAAGUUGUUGGAAAACAUUAUAAAGAGUGGGUCAUUGCCUGUAUAUCCCUAUGUUGGUGGUGUGUUUAAGGUAUUCAAUAUGAAAGUAUAUGUAGACGUGAAUUUGAGAGAGCGUACAUGUACUUGUAAGGCUUGGCAAAUGGCCGGAAUACCUUGUGAGCAUGCAUGUGCAGCAAUACGCCAGAUGAAACAAGAUGUUUAUGAAUAUGUUGACUCAUAUUUCAAGCUUCCAAUGCAAGAGUUGAUAUAUUCUGGACACUUCAAUUCAAUUCCAAAUCACAACAUGCCUAUAGUUGAUGUUGAUGGAUGUGUUCGUGAUGCUCAAGGUCGCUUAUAUCCUUCACUUAAACCUCCAUGCUCAAAACGACCACCUGGAAGGCCUCGACACCGUCGAAUAGAGUCUCAAUUUAGUUCAAAAAGGCUUAUCUUCUGUUCACGAUGUCAAGUUGCAGGCCAUAAUCGAGCUUCAUGCAAAAAUCCAUUACCCGCUCCAUGA